CGAAACGUUUCGAAACAGUUAUGACGUAAUGAAGCCUAGAAUCACGUGACUUUGGCCAGUUUGAAACAAGCUCCGAACCAAUGAUUCGAAACAAAAGAUUCGUAAAUGUUUCGAAGCCUAAUGAAGCGUGCUUCGAAAUCGCCCAUCAGUAUUUACGGUAAGCAUGCAUCGUAUAAACAUGCGCAGUGUCCGAUCUUUAAGAACGCUCAUCUCUUCUCGCUUACGAGCAUUAUUUCUCACGGAACCAAACAUGUAACUGAAUUCUCUCUUAAAUAUUAUCAUCAAGCUAACCUUCACUACAGCUUGCUGCAAUGCAAGUCCCGUCUGAUGCAUGCACGCGGGAUACAUAGCUAAAUAGCAGCACACUGGCUAACCCUGAAUGACUUACAGCAUAGCACUUUGUCUCUGGAUCUAUUUCAUUUGUAUUGACUGAAAAGUAGCAAGUAUUGUAAUGCAUCUCUCCAAAAAAUGUUCAGUUUUUAAGGUGGUGCUCAGUGCCCUUCUUAUUGUUGCGUUAUUGCAGCUUUUUUAUCUGUCCUUCCUCUCAAAAUUGCAUGGCAAACAGCAGCGCUACAAGUAUUCAGAGCUCUUCGGCUCCAAAAAGACAUCCCAGCAAGAAGAGAAGAACCCCAGACGAGAACAUUUCAGAUACUCGUUGUCCACAGGUGGUAUCUUUGAUGAGAGCGGACAAUAUCGUGUAUAUAAGAACCUAAUCAAAAGUGACUUCUCGACCAAUCAGAAGCCGGGUGCAGAUCCGAGAUCUCACCACCUUGCUUUGGCCACCCAUACAACUAUUAAUAACCUUCAUCACUUGGACUCACUGUUGGAGCGCUGGCAGAAUCCUCUGUCUGUGGCUAUAUUCGCCCAUAACCAAGAUGUCAAGUUUGCCACAGCCUUCGUCUAUGCCCUUAGCCACUUCUGCCCUCAGAUUAAAGCUCUGGUGGACUUCCAUCUCGUCUGCCACUCAGGGGAAAUGGCCAGCUUUCCAGAUCAGGACAGAGAGCAUUUCAUUGGGCUUGAGGAAAAAGGUUGUCCUGGUGUAUUCGCCAAACUUGAAUCUUAUCGAGACAAGUAUAAGAACUAUGCCAUCAGCGGCAACGUCUCCUAUCCCAACAAUCUUCUCCGAAACGUGGCCCGUAGCGGCACAGAUGCUGCCUACAUCUUAAUGAUAGACAUCGACAUGAUACCCAGUGCUAAUUUACACCACCAGUUUGUGACCUUGCUGAUGAAACGAGAACCGGCUGUGGAUGAAGUCCUCGUGCUUCCUGCUUUCGAAAUCAGACACACUCGGAAAAUGCCUGCUUCAAAAUCUGAGCUGCUGCAACUCUAUCAGGUUGGGGAGGUGCGACCGUUCUAUGAUGAACUUUGCCCUCGCUGUCAGGCUCCAACUAACUACUCCCAAUGGGUCAAUAUGCCUAUCAAAAGCUCUGGGCCUCUGGAGGUGGCAUACACCAUCAACUGGGCGGACCCAUGGGAGCCUUUCUACAUUGGGGCUCGAUCGGUCCCUCUCUACGAUGAGAAUUUCAGGCAAUAUGGCUUCAACCGCAUCAGUCAGGCCUGUGAGCUUCAUAUAGCAGGUUACAGAUUCUCUGUGGUGAGCAAUGCCUUUGUGGUGCACAAGGGGUUUAAGGUCCACGGCGAGUUCCACAGUAGGAAAGAUGAGGAAAACCGUAAGAACCGCCUCCUUUUCCGUAGCUUUAAGGAGAGCCUAAAGGCCAAGUACCCCAACUCACCUCGACGCUGCUAAGAAAAUGACUGCCAGAGACACAAAGUCAACUAAACUGCAAUCAAACCUUAAUCACUAUUCUUCCAGCUUGGAUUUUACAGCUGCAGAAAACUGGAACUCGGUCCACAUUUCUAUUUUUUCUUAUAAAGUCAUAAAACAGCCUAGCACAGCUGGACUGUCACAUGACCAGUAUAGAUGUAGUAUUUUUAUUUAUUAAGUUUAGAAACAUGAUCCUUUGGGAUUUGAGAGCAGCCAACAAGGUUAUUUUAUAUCUUGAUGUCUUGAGUCAAAGCUAAUUUAUUUACAUUUAUUUUUAUGCAAGUUCACCAUUGCAAUGUUCACUAAAGUUUAGCAUAUUUUUAUUUCUUUUUAUCCAUUCUUAACACAAGAAAUGCAAUUUCUGCUAUUCACAUACACUACACAAAUGGCAUAAAUAAAGGUGUAUUGCACCUUUGUUAAACUUUCAGCCAAGUAAAGUUUGUAUAUGUAGAGUUUUUAUCUUGUGCAGCUAUCUGAUGUUGUGACUGUAUCCAUAUGUUGGUUUGCAUCACUCAUCUUUCAUAUAGAUUCACAGCUAUUAAGGUUAAUAGGUCACUUUUAUGCUAAUAAUGGAUCUCAAGAGGCUUGAAAAUACUGACAGAGUGUUUUAGUUAUUUCUGACUUGUGGUUUAAAAGGUAGAUGAGGAUAAACUAAAUUAGAUAAUGCAGGAAUUUGCAGGUUGAGAUCUUAGUGAUUGUUUAAGCGCACACUGUGACGCAGAUGUUUACUUGAACUGUAAUGAUUAUUUGUAACACAAAAUGAUUUGUUUAGCUUAAUUGAAAAACUAACCCUACUUUUUGUUUCUGCUGGCAAAAUGAACAAUAUUUAGUGUUUAAAAAUCAAUAACACUUUAUGAUAUGGUUUCAUAUGUUAACUUUAAUUAUAUAAGUUAACCUAAACUAACAGUGAACAAUGUUUCUAAAGAAAGCUGUAAAACACUUUGCUCAUUGUUGGUAUGCAUUAAAUAUUUAUUUUUUAAAAACCUAAUUAUAAAGUGUUAUGAAAAACUUUAGCCUGGUGUUGACUGAAUGCAUUUUUCUUAUAGUUUCCAUUAGUAGUAUUAUUUUGCCAAAAUGUAUGUUUGCCAUAUCAGCUUUUUUAAUGGUUUACUUUUGUGUCGUGUAAUAAUGAAGCAUGUUGUGUUGUUUGAACACUGGAGAAAUACUGUAAGUCAAGGAACUUUUGUGGUACUACAAAAAAUGAUUGUAAAGUGUUUCAUAUGACUAUAUUGUAAUGUAUAGUCAAUCAAAACUAAAACGCUUAAUGUUAACCUGAACAAGAAAAUAACUCCUGAGUUAUUUAUUAUUACUGACAUGUUAGUUCUGAUCUUGUUACAUAAAUCCACUAGGUUUUUGUUCACUUUAUCUAGAUAGUUCACCCAAAAAAUUACAUUUUGUCAUUUACUCACUCUCAUGUUGUUACAAAACUGUAUACAUUUUUUUGUUCUGAUGAACACGAAGGAAGAUAUUUUGAGGAAUGUUUGUAACCAAGCCUUUUGUUUUAUUAUGAACAUUCCUCAAAAUAUCUUCCUUCACGUUCAUCAGAACAAAUACAUUUAUACAGGUUUGUAAUAACAUGAGAGUAAAUGAUGACAGAACUUUAAUUGUUUUGGUGAACUGCAAGUUUUAAGUUUGUUUUUGUCUUACUACUUUUAGUGCAGGUUUUAAGGUGAAUAAUAUUUAUUGUAAUACUGAUAGGGAUUUGCUGUUCUAAGGUCAGUGUUUUAGCUGGUGGAUUGCAAUGGAAAAAUUGU